AUGCUCCUGGCUAUCGCGGCGGAGAACAUGAACUUGCAUCGACGAAUCGCCGUCGCUUUCGUGCGCUGGAUGGGUGAUGAUCCGAGAUUGUAAGCUCAUGAGUUUGAGAUGCUGCUAGAACCAAGCGUUAAGCACACUUGUGUAUCAUUUGCAUUAAUGUGGAUUCGUCGGUGAAGGUUACAUUGUCCGUUUACAUCUGGGCAACGUUGUGAAACCGGGCCGUAUUUUGAUUGAUUACGCUAAGAGACCAUGCGUUUUGAAGGACAUUACAUCACUGACUGUCUUUUUGAAGAAGUGGGCACGGUCGCUGGAACAAAAACUUUAUUUGCUCAACUUUUUGGAGUCCUGCUCAAAACCAUCAUCUGAGACUACAUCAGACACGCGUGGUUUAUAUACAUGGAGCUGCAGUAUUUAUAGGAUUCAGUCACCAUGCUGCCGCAUACCUAAAAAAAUUCACGACUAACCCUCUCCUCCUUCAUUAGCGGUCGUUGCAUUUGGUAGGAUUACUGUUCAGCGGCCGACAUUCGAGUCGGCAAUUUCAUCAAGUGAAAUAAUCCUUGAUGAGGGGGGUAGCUGGGAACUUCCAUAGGUAUGCGUUAGCAUGGCGACUGCAUCAUAUAAAUACUGCGGCCCCUUGUGCAUAUACCAUCCGUAUCUGCGAUUGUCUUUGAUAAUGGAUUCGAGCAGAAAUACGAAAUUUCAGGCGAAUAAAGUUGUCGUUCCAAUGAUCAUGUCUCCUUCUUUGCGGUUGCCUCCUAGAAUCCACUUCUCCGCUCCUAUUGACUGAAAUGUUUUAUUGUUUUGAAGAAAGAGACACGAUCGCUGUAAUAAGAGCUUUAUUCGCCUGACGUUUCGGAUUCCUACUCGAACCCAUCAUCAGGGACAAUAGCAGAUACGGGUGGUUCAUGCACAAGGGGCUGCAGCAUCUAUAGGAUGCAGUCGUUGUUUGUUAUGAUCGAAUGCUAUCGAAUAGCACAACCAUAGAUUGUUGACGUUACUCUUGUCUUGGCAACGUCCUCUCAGUUUGUCAUGAUAUCGCCGACACUGUGUUCGUCAGGAAGUUAUAUAUGAGAACAAACUUUCUUCUGACGGACACAGACGAUAAAAGAGCAAACGAUAAGUUUCGGUGAGGAAUUGAUUUUCCUACCAGGCCGUUUCCGAGAAUGAUGAUUAGUCCUGGGGUGAUGUUAACGGUAGCUGUGGGAUGCCAACAAAGAAAUACCAGUCAGACUUGCUUUAGUGGGUCACCUAUGGCACCCACUGUCCCAAGUUAAAUACUUACGCGACUGAGGCUGUUCUUGAUGAGUCGAAAAACGUCUGAGUAAACAAUCAGACCCUGCGCAUCUUUGCAUGAUCCAUUUCGAGGUUGCUUAAUUUUAGUAAACCUUACAGCUAUAUGUCGCUUUUACACAAAUACAAUACUGGCGUAUUAACUGGUGAGCCGGCGCCUUAAACGAAAUAGCCUACUCAUUGGGUGGACAACAGUGGAGCUUUUUGAAAAAAGACCAUUUUAGGACAGGCUAUACGCGCUCUGUUGCAAUUAGUUGAGCAGUUUUCAGCCCCCUUUCGAGGCUGAAGGGCCUUUAGCAGUUGCGAUACUAAGGAGGGGUUAUGUCACAUUUGCUGCGCUCGUUAAAAUGACCCCCGAUGUACCAUUGAUGAGGUGCCCACUAUUUUACCACUUCUAGGCUGAUACUGAGCGUUAUGCUUCCAACCUGGUUCCUCUCAAUGUGGAUGAGCAAUACGGCCACAACUGUGAUGAUGGUUGCCAUUGUGGAGGCGCUACUAACAAAACUGGACGAUGUCACUGCAGGUAAGUAGCGUUGUUAAAUGCUGAAAACAGUCGCUGUAAAACAAGCUAACUUUGCUCCUUGUUGGGGAAUAAACCCAGACCUGUAAGUCUUUUUGUUCCCCCUACAGUUUCACCAGAAGGAACAGACCCAAACGAGGCAACUGGGUAUGCUUCAAAUUACUCCUAAAUUUUAAAAUAAUCUGAAAUCGCGUGGUAAGAUUAAAAUGACUCCAUUCCGAUUUUAGCGAUGAGAGCAAAGGCCGGAAGCGUCUGAGACGCUUUGCCACAGGAAUCAGCUUGUCCGUCUGUUACGCCGCCAGUUGCGGUGGAAUCGCUACCUUGAUAGGUUCACCACCGAAUAUCAUCUUUUACGGUCUUGCAGUCAGGUAAGAAGACUUUGGUGCGUCGGAGUCUCCGCUUUCUACCCGUUUGCAUCGACAGAGUUGUGUGCUGCUAGUGUUUGGCUGGGGUACAGUGGGGUUGAUACUUUAUAGGGCCAGGUAUAAAUGAUCAUAUGAUGUUGUUCGACGAGAUGACGUCAUUCCUUUGCUGAUUUCAGCCGAUUUGGAAGUGAAAUUCCGCUAAACUUUGGAUCUUGGAUGGCUUACGGAUUCCCCAUGUCCCUGCUCUGCCUAAUUUCUGCUUGGAUUAUCAUAUGCCUACUGUUCCUCGGACCCAAGUAAGUCUACACAGUGGACUAAGUCCACUGAAGAAUUCAAGAUCAACUUGCAUUUUUAGAGUUUCAAUAUCAAACCUACUUCUGUGUCAUUAAGGGCCUUUUUCAAAUGCGGUCGAGCUAAAAAGAGCAAUCCUUCAGAUGAGUUCCAGGAGGAAUUCUAUAAAGAUCCAACCUCGGCAAAAAGCAAGGACAAGCUGGAAGAACUAGAACGCGCCGCCGAGCAGAAAGACGAUGAAGAGAUCUCAUUCGAUAUUGUUGCUAUCGUUAAAAAGAUUUCUGAAGAAGAACGGCGAGUCCUAGGUCCCAUGAAGUAAGUAAUCAGGGUGAAAGAUUGACUGAAGCUGAGGUGGUCAACCUCAUGUUAAGGUAGUUUUUAUGUGUUGCUUAAUGUUCAGCACCCACCUUCAGCCCGUGUUACAUUCAUUCAUUGUCUCUAACAUGUUGUCCAAUCAACUUACGGUGCUCAUUUCUGAGCUAGGUUUGGCGAAAUAGCCUGCACGAUCUUAUUCCUGUUACUGAUUGGCUUGUGGAUUACACGGGAACCCGGUGUGCCCGGAUGGUCGCGUUUCAUGCCAGUUGGCAACGAUUCAAAUGGCAAAGUCGUGAGGUACGCUCAUUUUACCCCCGCUCAAUUAGUCUUUUAUUUGCACAACAGCACAGACGAAUGCAAGAGCCCUAAAGCAUUUUUAUUCCAGUUGUGGAGUAAAACAAGCAUAUACGACAGAAAUCUUCGUAUCUAUAUGCUUAGCGUUCCCUCAUAAACUGUGUUAUGUUACUUCAUAAUAUAGAUAGAGGUUGGUCACUGCACAGCAGCUUAAAUGUUCUCUCGAAUCCAGUGGGGAAAUUACAAGGCCCUCGUUCAGUGGACACAGGCCAUGCAAUGAUGUGGAGGCAUCUCUAUACACGAUUGCAUAAAGGAAAAAAAAACAGUAGGGCAAAAAGUGGAGCGGGGUUUAAAGAACUGGGAUUUACCACAUGUUUUCGUUAUUUGCGUAAGUUCGGUUAUCCCCCGUAUGCGGUCUGCUUCCAAGUCUGCUUUACGCACGGGGAUGUCAGUUGAAAAUUUCAGUCUUGUCUAUAAGUGACAGUUAUCAAUACCGCCACGUCCAGACUGUUCAAUCAGAAGGUCCCUAGCCUGUCCUAAUAACAGACCAGUACGGCGAAUGCAACCCACCCGAAGUUGUCAUUAUUCCUGAUCGUAGUCGCCGCUCGCCUGUCAGACCGCCGUUCUGACCGAACAACUGAAGCGGAUUCAAAUUUGGGGUCAAGGUUUUGAUGCAGCUGGUCGGUGGUGGAAAGUAAACACUAAACCAACAUUAGGCCUCUUUUUUAUUACUGAUUAUGUGUAGUGAGGUGCAUUUUAGGGUAAUAGGCAAUGCCCAUGAUGACCCUAUUGAAAACAGUACAUAAAAUAUAAAUGUUAAAUAUACAUUUUACUAAUAUAUUGUCAGUAACAUAUUUGUUCACGGGAAACGUUUUCACGGUGCGGGACUGCGAAGUGUGCGGCAGGCGGUCUUUUCAGUGUGCAUAUGAAAUUUUAAGUGCAGUUAUAUAUAAUCGGCAUAAAGUGCAGUCAUUAGCAUAGUUUGGGAGGGAAAAUCUCAUUAAAAGUCAGGGAUGUGUUAAGCAGAGAUGAAAUCAUGAAAUGAAAUUUAUGGCUGGCCGCAGAUAGUCCUGUAGUGAGAGUCGUCGUUUAUCAAAGAUCAAACGAUCCAGCUGCCUUUUGAAUACAUCCAUUGUAUCAGAUGUCACAAUUUCACUUGGGACUGAAUUCCAUGGUCGAACAACACGCUGGCUGAAGGAAAACUUUCUCGUUAAGCGACCGCCAGUGUGCACUCUAAGCUGAGAUUCCAAACUCAAUGUGCCACCCAGAAUCAUUGCUAUGGUUUAGUCAGAGUGGGCGACCCCACGUUGCUGUGACAUCAAAUGUUUGAUUUAGCCGGGGAAGAGUUACCACAUUUUAAUAAAUGUUGCUAUUUCCUUGAAGGUACGUGGACGACACUCAACCAACCAUCCUCUUUGCCAUUUUGGCUUUCAUUGUCCCCGCCUCAAACCCCUUCCGUCUUCGUGCUGAUCCAGAUGAAACAGGCAAGUGA